AUGGCUUCCUCCGUCGCCGGAUCGGUCGCUGUUGCCUUCAAUUCCGCCGAAUUUUUGGACAAGUCCUACCGGAAAAUGGCUCAUCUCCGGCAGCUAUCCUAUUCGUUUCAGCUCCCACGUUCCCUUAACUUGCAAUGCAAACCACUUACCUCUUUCUCUUCCUCAGGAGCUUCCCGAGGAAUUGGUAAAGCAAUUGCUUUGGCUAUGGGGAAGGCUGGUUGUAAGGUUCUGGUGAAUUAUGCAAGGUCAUCAAAGGAGGCAGAAGAUGUCUGCAAAGAGAUUGAGGUAUUUGGUGGACAGGCUAUUACCUUUGGUGGAGAUGUUUCAAAAGAGGCAGAUGUGGACUCAAUGAUUAAAACUGCAGUUGAUGCAUGGGGAACUGUUGAUGUUUUGAUUAACAAUGCUGGUAUUACAAGGGAUGGUUUAUUGAUGAGAAUGAAGACAUCUCAGUGGCAGGAGGUUAUUGAUCUAAAUCUUACUGGGGUGUUCUUGUGCACACAGGCAACUGCCAAACUUAUGAUGAAGAAGAGAAAGGGAAGGAUUAUCAAUAUAGCAUCAGUUGUAGGUCUUGUUGGCAAUGUCGGACAAGCCAAUUACAGUGCGGCAAAAGCUGGUGUUAUCGGCUUUACAAAGUCAGUUGCCAAGGAAUAUUCAAGUAGGAAUAUAAAUGUAAAUGCUGUUGCUCCGGGGUUCAUUGCGUCUGAUAUGACUGCUAAGCUUGGGGCAGACAUUGAGAAAAAGAUUUUGGAGACUAUUCCAUUAGGAAGGUAUGGCCAACCCGAAGAAGUUGCUGGACUCGUGGAAUUCUUGGCUCUUAAUCCUUCCGCCAGUUACAUCACUGGACAGGUAUUUACCAUUGAUGGUGGUAUGGUGAUGUAA